GGUAUUAGAAAUUACAAAUUAACAUCUCUCUCUCUCUCUCUCUCUGUGGUCUCUGGUUGAUGAUGAUGCAGAAGAGAAGAAGAAUGAACCAUCAUCUUGUAUUGAUGAUGUUUCCCAGCAAUGAUUGUUCUUGGUUGCCUCACCCGCAUGCCCCAACUUUCUCUCCCUCUCUCUCCUCCUAUUUAUACCAUCUCCCCCCUUCUCUUCUCUCUCCCACCUCUACUUCUUCUUUCUCUCUCUACCAAUCAUCUAUAUAUACAUACAUAUAUAUCUGCAAAUCUCUCCAUCAACCCAUCGUUGUCUUCUCCUUCAUCACUAAUUAGUAUUAAUUUACUCUACUACAAUUCAUUAUUCAAUCAAUGGCGGUUUCCGGGUUCGAGGGCUUCGAGAAGCGGCUGGAGCUGCAUUUCUCCGGCGACGACCCCGCCGGGCUGGGCCUCCGGAGGCUGAGCUUCGAGUCCCUGGAAGAAGUUCUUCAAGCCGUGCAGUGCACGGUGGUCGCCGCCGUCGGCAACCACUACUUCGACUCUUAUGUUCUCUCCGAAUCGAGCUUGUUUGUGUACCCCUCCAAGAUCAUCAUCAAGACUUGUGGGACCACCCAGCUGUUGAAGUCCGUCGCUCCGCUGAUUGACCACGCCAAUAAUCUCGGGUUGACUCUGUCCGGGUGCAGAUACACUCGGGGCAGCUUCAUCUUCCCCAUGGCCCAGCCCUACCCGCACACCAGUUUCAGAGAUGAAGUUGUCUUCUUGGAGGAGAGCUUGCCGGCGAGUCUCUGCUUCAGAAAAGCCACCGUGAUGAAUUCUCAAAAGUUGUCUUCUCAUUCAUGGCACGUUUUCACUGCCAGUGAUGAGCCUCGGAUGGAUCCAAACAUGGCUGAAGAGUUAUACACAAUCGAAGUUUGCAUGACGGAGCUGGACUGUGUCCUCGCCAGGAAGUUCUUCCGGCGGCCCAACGACGGGAAGUCAGGCGACGCGGCCGGGAAAGAGAUGACGGAGAUAACCGGGAUCGGAGACAUUAACCCGAAUGCUAUUAUCUGUGACUUCGCGUUUGAUCCAUGUGGGUACUCCAUGAAUGGCAUUGACGGCGAUCAGUACUCCACGAUUCACGUCACGCCGGAGGACGGGUACAGCUACGCCAGCUUCGAGUGCGUCGGCUCGGUCUACGACGGCGGCCUCCUCGCCGAGAUGUUGAAGAAGGUAGCGCAGGUUUUCCGCCCGGCGAAGAUGUCGGUGUCGACGACUACAUGUGCUGGGCCCGAGGUUUGGUCACGAGUGAAGGGCGCGCUGGAGCCACUUGGACUCAAAUGCCGGGGUUGUGCCGUCGACGAGUUCCCGGCCACCGGAACUGUCGUGUUUCAGGCGUUCACCACCCGUCGGAAAUAGACAGAUGUUACCCGCAUACGGCGGUUACGGCAACGGCGGCGGUGGCUAAGACAAUGGUAGAUACACGAAAAAAACGCUGAUUUAAAAAAAAAACAGAGAGAGAGCAUAGGAACCCUUUUCUUUUUUUUUUGUCUUCUUUUUUUAGGUCAAUUAGUUUUUUUUUUUUUUUUUAAAAAAGAUUAGUGAUUGUGCAUGGAUGGAUGAUGAUGAUGCUGGAUGGACGGACGGGCGGAUGGAUGGAUGGAUGGUGAAUAGGGUGAUAUGGUACAUGAUAGUGAUGAUGAGGAGGAGGAGGAGCAUGCAUGAAUGAAUGGGGAGGUUUUGAGAGUUGGGUUGUUUGAUCAAAUGAUAAUGCACCCCACUUAGGAUUGUCACGCCUAGAGGGAUUUUGGGAUGAUAUAUAUAUCUAUAUAUAAUAUAUAUAUAUAUAAUUGUGUGUAGUAGCUAGUGAGUGGGAAGGAAAAUGUCUUAUUCAUGUUGAGAGGCUAAUAUCAAACUUUCUUUCUCUUUCUUUCUCCCAAUUCUUCUUCAUUUUCUUUUCUCUUUUCUCUCCAUCAAUUAAAUUACUCCCUUGUAAUUCCUCUCUCUCUCUCUCUCUCUGUAUUUUUCUUUCUAGUUCCCAAGGAUGAGUAAAAGCACAAA